UCCCUCCCUCCCUCCCUCCCUCCCUUAGCCCCUACCCUCCCGAUCCAUGCCGCCGCCGCGCGCCCCCGGUGGCGCCGCCUUCCUGGCCGCGCUCGCCGCGCUGGCGGUGGUCCUGGCCUCGCUGCCGCCGGGGUGCCGCGGGUUCGGGACGUUCGGGUUCGACGUCCACCACCGGUUCUCGGAUCCCGUGAAGGGAGUGCUCGGGGUCGAUCGGUUGCCCGAGAAGGGGAGCCUGGAGUACUACCAGGUCAUGGCCCUCCGCGACCGCGCCGUCCACGGCCGCCGGCUCGCCUCGGCGGCGUCGUCGUCCGGUAAUCAGACGGUCCUGACUUUCUCCAGCGGCAACGACACGGUUCUGUUGCCUUCGCUUGGAUAUUUGCACUAUGCCAAUGUUUCAGUCGGGACCCCGAGUUUAUCCUAUUUGGUGGCUCUAGACACUGGCAGUGAUUUGUUCUGGUUACCCUGUGAUUGCACACGUUGCGUACGAGGUGUACAGACAUCAUCUGGAAAGAAAAUAGAUUUCAACAUUUACAGCCCUAAUGCAUCAUCAACAAGUGCAGAAGUACCCUGCAACAGUACAACAUGCGGACAAAAGUCGCAAUGCUCUUCAGCUCUUAGCAGUUGUGACUAUCAGAUUAUUUAUCUUUCUAAUGGUACCUCAUCUAGUGGGAUUUUGGUGGAAGACGUAUUGCAUUUGACAACGGACGACGAUCAAUCGAAGGCUGUCGAUGCUAAAAUCACAUUUGGUUGUGGUCAGAUUCAAACUGGUUCUUUCUUAGAUGGUGCUGCGCCAAAUGGUCUCUUUGGGCUUGGCAUGAAUAACAUAUCUGUUCCUAGCAUUUUGGCUGAAGAUGGGUUUACUUCAAAUUCUUUUUCAAUGUGCUUUGGAGCUGAUGGUAUUGGAAGAAUUAGUUUUGGAGACAAAGGCAGCUCAGACCAAGGAGAGACACCAUUUAACCUUGCGGAAUCACACCCAACUUACAACAUUACCCUUACUCAAAUAAAUGUGGGAGGAACUGCUCAAGAUGUCGAAUUUAGUGCAAUUUUUGACUCUGGUACCUCCUUCACAUAUUUGAACGACCCGGCUUACACGUUCAUUGGGGAGACUGUAAGUUCUUCACUGCUCUGUUUCAGACUACCAUAUGGACAUACCUACCUCUCUUCAGCAUGUUUACAGAGUACUUGUUUUGUGCAGUUCAAUUCCAAGGCCCAAGAAAAGCGACAUUCUUCGGACUCCGAUAUCCCAUUUGAAUACUGUUAUGAUCUGAGCCCAAACCAGAGUAGCUUCGAAACCGCAACAUUGAAUUUGACCAUGAAGGGUGGAGAUCAGUUCUAUGUCACCAGUCCCAUAGAAAUAAUAUCUCAGGGCUCCUCCUACGUAUAUUGUCUUGCUUUAGUCAAAAGUGGAGAUGUAAAUAUAAUUGGACAGAACUUCAUGACGGGUUAUCACAUAGUUUUCGAUCGAGAGAGAAUGGUGCUUGGCUGGAAGUCAUCCAACUGUUAUGAUGCAACAGAUUCCAGCACGUUACCGAUCAGCCCAACAUUCCCUCCCGCCAUGGCCGUCAAUCCACAGGAUACUUCAGGCGGUGGGAAUAAUUCUGUAGGAGGCACUCCAUCCUCUAUGUCGAACCGUUCUCGACAUCUGAUUCCUUUUAUCUAUACACUCGUGAUGAUUCUUUUCCCAUUAUAGCCAUUGUUUGAUCAAUUUUCCCCAUCCCGGGUCCUUCUCAUCCUAUGUAUCAUGUAUAUCGAUAGUAGACAUUUGUUUAGGUAAUACGUCAUUAUUGAGAGAGAUACAUGCGCUCCCUAUUGGGUUUGUUGGCAUACUUAUGAGGGACAUCCCACUGUAAGUAUUUCUUGCUUGCUCAUUAUACGACAUCACAUUUUUAUGUUUGAA